GCUGCUCCCGCGCACAUUUUCCUUGCUGCUGCCCUGGCGUGUUAGAAAGAGACAACAAUAGGUUCUCUCUUUUCCUCUACAUCUCCUUUGGUCACGCAUGCGCACUCCAUUUUCGCAUCACGAACAUCAAAGGUGCCGACAAGGAGUCGCGCUACUGUAUAUACUGUGACCUGGAUGGUGAGACACAGUGGAGCACCACUGUGCUAGCCCAAGAUGGCGGCGACAGUAUGGAUACAAUUCGCGCCUCUCUAUACAUCUCUCUAUAUAUUUUAGGAUUUUAAUCUAACCUAAUUCUAAUCGUUCAACUAUUUUUUAAUCGUGUGCAAUCACGUUUAUUGUGCACCUGUGUAAUACACUCAUGUCGUUAUUUAUUUAGUUAAAAAGGUAGAUAAAUAAAAGUUUUGAUACAUAUGAGUUAACCCUAUAUAUGUCAGCGAAUAACGUGGAGUAUUUCAUCACCGGUGUAUUAGGAUGUCUCCCAACUCGAGAAAGAGUUUAUCAUCAGGACAAUGCGACAAAUGUCAAUGCACGUUGAUGCAAAAAGAUUUUGCAUUGCACGAUGCAGAUUGUCCUCCAUGCACAGAAAAAUGGGACUAUUCUUUUGUCUUCAAUGAAAUUUUGUACAGCACAGUAGAAGUUUUUGAAUCACAAGAACUACCCAAGAACAUCUCUGAGCGGGAACUUGAUGAUAUUGUAUUCAUAUCGCAAUCAGCUUCGCAAUUGUGCAAUAUUGCAAUUGGAUCGCCCGUUGUCAUUGCGACUAAGGAACGACUGACUGUUAAACAAGCAUGGCCGUAUAAUGCUAACAGUUUAACAAGUGUUUCUUUAAUGAAGCAUGCUAUUGAACUAAACAACAUAGAGGGACAAGUAAGAGUACAAUCAUUGAAAUCUAAUGUCCGCAUUGCCAAAGAGAUCGUGCUCAGUCAACAAGGGAAACGUUUAACGUUCGACAUCGGUGUGGAGUUGGAUAAUAUUCUAAAGUGCGCGAGUGAGCACAAAGUGUUCAUCGUCGGCGAUCGAAUAAGCGUGCCAUGUUACGGCAAGGAGCUGAUAUAUAAAAUCGUUGAGAUAAAAGCAGACGAAAGCGAGAAGAAGCGAACUGGAACGGCGGACGUAAACGAUUUAGCGGAAGCUUUUGAGGAGGUGGCUCUUACGACUGAUCCUACAAACGUAACUUUUUACAAAGCGCUGUACGCGACAAAGUGGACAAUCUUGAGCACUGCGGACGAGACGGAAACGAAUGUUUCAAGGAAGUACAGGCUCGAUGAUGUAGGAGGAUACGAUGCUCUCGUAUCCGAUAUAAGAGAUGCAGUCGCGAUAGGUAUUGGCAGAUAUAAGAGCGUGGAGCAUUUUAAUGCAAGCAGAGGGAUACUGUUGUACGGUCCCGUUGGUGUCGGUAAAUCCCUGAUAGCCAACGCUGUAAUUUCCGAGCACAACGUUAACGCGUUUACCGUGUACAGUUCAGAUAUUUACAGCAAGUCUAUCGGCGAAACGGAAGACAGGCUCAAAGAGGUGUUCAGCAAGGCGAGCUCCAACAUGCCUAGCAUAAUAUUGUUGGAGGAUGUGGACAGCCUGUGUCCUAAGACGGGUGUUUCGAGCACGAAUCACGAAAGAAGGAUGAUCAGCCAGUUGAUAACUCUCUUCGAUGAUCUGCAAAGCAACGGCAAGGACGUACUAGUGAUGGCUACGACCGCGAAGUUAGACUUGGUGGACAGUUCUCUGAGAAGGCCCGGCAGAUUAGACAUGGAAUUCGAGAUUUAUAUACCGACUCCGCACGCGCGUAGGGAGAUACUGAUGAAGUUGCUUUCGAAGAUCCCCAAUACACUCUCGGACGAGAACGUGCAGGACGUCUCGUUCGUUACCCACGGCUUCGUCGGUGCAGAUUUAUAUGGUUUGUGUUCCAGAGCGAUAAUGAACGCGAUAAAGCGCCAGCAGAGAGAUAAAGUGGCGUCUAACGAUCAGCCAGUAGUGACAAUGAUCGAUUUCAAUUGCGCUCUCACUACAACGAAACCGUCCGCUAUGAAGGAAAUCUUGAUAGAGGUGCCAAAUGUAAAAUGGUCGGAUAUUGGUGGACAGAAAGAGUUGAAAUUGAAAUUACAGCAGGCCGUAGAGUGGCCACUGAGGCACCCAGAAGUGUUUGUGCGAAUGGGCAUUACGCCUCCCAGAGGAGUUCUGAUGUUCGGGCCGCCAGGAUGUUCAAAAACCAUGAUUGCGAAGGCUCUGGCCACCGAGAGCAAAGUGAACUUUAUAAAUAUCAAGGGCCCGGAAUUAUUUUCAAAAUGGGUUGGCGAGUCGGAAAAGGCCGUGAGAGAGGUGUUUCGAAAAGCGAGGCAGGUGGCACCGUCCAUCAUAUUUAUCGACGAGAUAGACGCCCUGGGUAGCGAGAGGCGUUCGUCUUCCGACAGCGGCGGUACCCACGUGCACGAACGGGUGCUGGCACAAUUGUUGAUCGAGCUCGAUGGCGUCACUCCUUUGGGAAACGUCACACUUGUGGCAGCUACCAACCGACCGGACAGAAUUGACAAAGCCCUUCUCCGACCUGGACGAUUGGAUCGUGUGAUAUAUGUUGGAUUACCGGACGAAGGAACAAGGCAGGAAAUAUUCAACAUAAAAUUGCGAAAUAUGCCAGUCGCGGAAGAUGUAAAUAUUACUGAUCUGGUUUGCCUGACGGAAGGUUACACCGGUGCGGAAAUUCAAGCAAUAUGCCAUGAAGCUGCUAUGAAAGCACUGGAAGAGAAUCUUAACGCUGUCACCGUUACCAAAGAGCAUUUUUCUGCUGCAUUCAAAACUGUCGCUCCUAGAACUCCCAUCUCCCUCAUCAAGAUUUAUGAGGAGUACAUGAAUAAAAAUUUAUAAUAAUUAUAAAGAUGAAUUUUUAUUUCGUCAGCAGAAUUAGAAAAGAAAAUGUGUACACUCUGUACAGAAUAAAGGAAGAAAUUAAAUUCUUGCAA